AUGCUUAUUUCAUUUCUUCUCUUUGUAAUAAAGGCUACCUACGUUUUUUCGUCAUAUAUUAAAGAUUCGGAAAAAUCAUUAUGGGAAAGAGAAAGCUCAACGUGCCGAACAGUAACGAAUGGAUGCCCAGAUUUAAAUUUCGGGUGGCAUGCGACUACCACCAACCUCCUGAAAUAUUAUUUAGAUAUACUAUACGUCGAGUGGUUGGGAGAUAACCUCUAUGAAAUUACUAUUCAAGUAACAGGUGAAGAACAAAUUGACUUGAAAUAUCUUUAUUCUUUGAAAGUAAUAGGCGUUCAAGGCCCUAAAAGCACAAUCCAGUUGUAUGGUAAAAACGAAAAUACUUUUCUAAUUGAUAAUCCUACAAAUUAUACAGUCACGUUUCAAGUUUAUGGCGGGGCCAAAAAAGACGGAUGCAAUAUCUGGCUACCAGAUUUUCAAAUUCAAUAUGAAUAUCUACAAGGUGAUGCAAGUAAAUACCAAGACUCAUGGAAAUGGGGCACUACGACGUUCGAUCUAUCAACAGGGUGCACCAACUAUGACAAUCAGAUGAAUUCACAGACUGAUUUUCCAGGAUUCUAUUGGAGUAUGCAUUGUAGUGACAACUGUGGGAAAAGUGCCAGGUUCUUCCCUCCCGUUAUCCCAUCGGAACUGACAAGUCUUACUUCUAGUAACAUUAGCCCGACUAUUGAUGUAUCUUCGAUUGUGACCUCAUACUUCUCCACUUUUCUUGGUACUGUUACCCCGCAAACUUCAAUGCCAGUUUCAGAUCCAGGAUCAGAUCCAACUUCGGGCAUGCCAUCGAACAUAUGGCCAAUUCCUACCAACACCCAAACUUCAACUCUAAUAUCAACUAUAUUGUCAACCAGUUUAUACUCCUCAGCUGCUUCAACAUUCAUUGACCAUAUUACUUCAAUCUCAACUGCAUCCAGCUCAUUACAUGGUUUAACAUCUAGCCAUUAUGUGACAUCUGAUCCAUCCACAGUUCCAUCUGCAUCCAGCUCAUUACAUAUUUUAACUUCUAGCGAUCCUGUGACAUCUGCUCCAUCCACAGCUCCAUCUGCAUCCAGCUCAUUGCAAACUUCAACCUCUGGCAGUCCUGUGACAUCUGAUCCAUCCACAGUUCCAUCUGCAUCCAGCUCAUUACAUGGUUUAACAUCUAGUGAUCCUGUGACAUCUGAUCCAUCCACAGCUCCAUCUGCAUCCAGCUCAUUGCAAACUUCAACCUCUGGCGGUCCUGUGACAUCUGAUCCAUCUACAGUUCCAUCUGCAUCCGGCUCAUUGCAAACUUCAACCUCUGGCAGUCCUGUGACAUCUGAUCCAUCCACAGUUCCAUCUGCAUCCAGCUCAUUACAUGGUUUAACAUCUAGCCAUUAUGUGACAUCUGAUCCAUCCACGCAUCCAUCUGCAUCCAGCUCAUUACAUAUUUUAACUUCUAGCGAUCCUGUGACAUCUGAUCCAUCCACAGUUCCAUCUGCAUCCGGCUCAUUGCACAUUUCAAGUACAUAUAUUGCGGCACAGAACUCAACUGCCCCUUAUAUUACUUCCUCGCAAUCUCCAUUUCAGUUACAAUCUUUCUCCUCAGAAUACUUUAAUGGGCAGACAUCAUUAACUCAGCGGAGCCCAAAGUUCUCAUCACUUACUUCAACCCUGCCUCUUAAAUCAACAAGUUCUGUAAAGUUAGCUAUAAAAUCCGGUUCUAAUUUUUCUCAAGCGACUAUAUUCUCUAGUACCUUAUCCACGACAAACAUACGGACUACUCUAGUUACUAGUUCAGUUUAUCAAAACAAAGCUAUUGGUGUUAAGCUUGCUCGGAUGAAGCUGUUGUCUCUGCUUGCUUUCAUUUUUUUUCUGUAA